UCGCCCAAUGAUCUUCUUCUCUCUCUCCCCCGUGCAAGGCCCCGAAUUCUCCCACCACGAAAUCGUCGUCUCCAUCUAUUACGAUCAAUCCCGUGGGGGGUUUGUUGCCAACUUACCAAAAUUCGGCCGACCCUAGCUUGGAUUUGGGAAUAUUGUGCUUGAUUUGCUGGGAUUGCAUCCAAUCGGACGGUGAUUGAUCGUAUAUUCGCACUUUCGACGGAGAGAUGGAGUCUGAUUCCAAGAGAUACCAAUCGGUUCUUCGAUCUCGAUCUGAAACUUUAAUGGGGUUUGAAGAUAUAGUUGGAGAUGAUGAUUUCCGGGAGGUGUUUCCUUGCCCGUUCUGUGCAGACUCAUAUGAUAUCAUCGGCUUGUGCUGCCACUUAGACGAUGAGCAUCCUUUAGAGGCAAAGAACGGGGUAUGUCCGGUCUGUUCCUUAAGAGUCGGGGUUGAUAUGAUAUCACACAUAACGCUUCAGCACGGGAAUAUAUUCAAGAUGCAGCAAAAGAGGAAAUCCCGGAAGAGCAGCUCACAUUCAACAACAAUCUCUCUCAUCCGGAAAGAGCUAAGAGACGGAGAUCUUCAGAGGCUGUUUGGAAUUCCAUCUUGUAUCGUUUCGUCUGCUUCGGGUGGAACCCCUGAUCCUCUUCUAUCUCCUUUUGUCUUACCAAAGGCAGACUAUCUUGUUCCUGCUCGGGCAGCCAAGAAAACAUUGGGAGAAAAACCGAUUGAACUACAAAGCGGCGGCUCGCUUGUCUCGAUGAAAGAUCGGGAAGAGAAGAAGAAGAGAUCAGAGUUUGUGCAGAGUCUCCUUUCAUCGACAAUUCUGAACGAGAUCUACUGAGGGCGGAACAAAAGGGCGAAAACUAUCUAAAGCAUCUUCUGCAACUGCAAGUCUGGUAAUGCCGGAUGCAGUACAUCUAUAAACACACACAAACACGAAUGCUUAAAGCUCGAUAUAACAGUGGCGAUGGAAUUUUUAGGGUUUUGGAGGGGGAAAAACCAGCCGGAGAAGAGAGAAGAAGAGCAAGAUGAAGGGGUUUAUAUAUUCUGAUAUCUAAAACAUAGUGUGUGUGUGAGUGCGCUCUCUGUUUGGUCUUUAGUAGCAGAAUGCUCUGAAAUAAAUUUGUCGUAUUAAUGCUUUCUCGACUUUACCUGCACGGCAAGUUAGGGUUUGGAGAAAAAUGAUAGAAUAAUAACAAAUACGAAGAUAAUUUCCUUCCCUC